AUGCGUGUCAUUCUUCUUUGUUUUCUGGUAGCAGUGUUGCCCUGUUAUGCCGAGGAGGAGCAGAAACUCCAAUGGAAGGAUGAUGACGGUCUCGAGAUCAAGAUUAUCCGACCAAUCAAGGCCGAGAAGUGCCCAAUCAAAUCACAGGAUGGAGAUGUUCUUGAUCAAUGGUAUAAAUUGACUGAUAAGGAAGGAAAAGAAAUUGGGUCGAAUUUCAACAAAAAACCAUACACCUUCACUCUUGGAAAGGGACAAGUUAUCCCAGGAAUGGAGAGAGCAAUGACUGGAAUGUGCAAGGGAGAAAAGAGAAAGAUUGUGAUCCCAGGAAGCUUGGGAUUCGGAAGCAAGGGACGCGAGCGUGACAGCAUUAAGGAAGAUCAGACCCUCUACUACACUGUUCAGCUUGUCGAUUUGUUCCGUGCUGUUCCAGGAGAGAAAUGGACCACUGAGGAAGGAAUCGUUAUCGAGCAGACCCAUAAGAUCGAUGAGGAUAAGUGCAAGAAGUCAAAGAGUGGAGACACCAUUCAUCAACAAUAUGUUCUUCACCUCGAAGAUGGAACCUUUGUUGAUUCUUCUUUCUCUCGAAACGCUCCAUUUAUCUUCAAGUUGAACAACAAUGAAGUAAUCAAAGGAAUGGACAUUGCUAUGACUGGAAUGUGUGAGGGAGAACGUCGUCAAGUUGUUAUUCCAUCUGAUUAUGGAUACGGUGACAAUGGAAGAUCGCCAGCUAUUCCAGGAAAGGCUCGUCUCUAUUUCGACAUCACUCUUGAGAAGCUCAUCCAACGCGACGAGUUGUAA